CUUGUAUAUACGAAAAUUGUGCGCUCCUAUUUGCGCAAUGUAUCGCGAAGUCAAAUCGAGCGUGGCUAUUGGCGCAGAAUAUUGUCAAAUGAAAUUGUGCGUUUCUAUUGGCGCAAUAUAUUGUCACUUCGAAUCGAGCGUUCCUAUUGGUGCGAAAUAUUGGGAAGUCGUAGUUUCGCGGAGAAACGUGUCGCGGGGUGACGUACUCUUGAAAGUGUUUGGAGCGAAAAUUUGUCUCGUCGAGCGUUACUCUGUCCUUAUAAGUACUUCCAUUUCGACUUUAUCAACAUUUCUACACUUCUAUCUGCUUCAUACAAAUAGUUAUUGGCCGGUCACGGGACUGAAAGAAUAGGGGUUCACAUCACAGACGCCAUAGACGAUUAAUAAUCGAUAAUUCGAACUGAUACGAAAUGGACGCCGCAUUUACCAUGCUUCGCAAACGAUUAGGUUAUCAACAUUCCUAGGUUA